CCGCGCUCUACCAGGCGCCGCCCUCUACCAGGCUCCGCGCCGCGCGCUGGAAUACAGCAAGCCAUCAGAAAGGGCUCCUCCACAAAUGCCUCUGAAUCGCGACCACAUGGCAUCCAUACUAACCACCGUGAGGGGCCAUUAAACCUGCAGGGCUCAGCCGAGGAUCUCCGGCAGGGUGGCGGGGGAAAUGCGCAGAGCGGAAGCAGAAAGGCAGGGGGCGCCCCGUGGGCACAGCCGCGCACAGAUCUCGGGCGAAUCACAGGUCACAAGGCGGGGUUGCCACGGCAGCGGUGAACCCCGGCCUCAGCCCGAGGAGUCCCGCGGCGCCAGUCCCGACGACGACCUCGCCUGGGGGCGGUGGGGCCAUGGGUACCAAGUGGUUCAGCGGGGCGCCCUUCGGGGUGCAGAGCCACAGAAGAAAUUCAGCACCUUCACGGAGGCCCCAUACUCCCGGCUUCAUUCUGUGGACCUGUCCCACAUAGGACCUGGGACCUACAGCUCCAAGGAGACCUGCUUUAGCAAGAAGAAGCUCAAAAAGGAGGUGGGCACAGGCUGGGCCAGGACCGAGGAAGCCGUCCGGCUGACCCAGCUGCCCCACUUCCAGUACCAGGCCAUCAUGAAAGAGAAGCAGCUGCAGAAGGAGAAGCUGGGGCCCGGCUCCUACAACCUCAAAGACUUCUUAGAACUGCUGAAGGAGAAGCCCUGCAGCACCCGGGGGCUGCUCAGCUCGGGGGAGAUUCGUUUCCGAGGACUCAUUGGGAACUACUAUCCAGGCCCUGGAAAUUAUGGGGUGAAGGGCAACCCAUACACAAAGCUGGAGGAGAAAGCCUGCAGCCGCUUUCAUUCUGAGGGCCUCAUGUGUCGGGUGACCAACAAGGUGCCCCCCACGGCUCAUCAGGGGAGUGGUCUGGCACCAGACACCUACUCUUUCAAAAGUGGCAUUGAGGCAUACCUGGCAAAAUCCAUGGGCACCCGCGGCAUUUACGACACGUUCUCUGGUGACCGCAGCAAGCCCCAGCCUUACGGACAUUACUCGGUGCAGAAAAAAAAGCCCAGGGAACUGAUGAAUUUUACGAGCUUCGUGGAAGAACUUAACUCACGUCACAAUAAGAAGCGUGGGGUUUUUUCGAAAAUUUCUCGCAACCCGGAAACCCCUACAGAAAGGAUUUACUGGGCCACCCUUAGCCAGUGCCCCCGAAAACUAGCCACGUCUGGUCCCGGUUCAUGGCUUCCUCCAAAGAAGGAAUGCAAACACGUCAACCAGCCACCGUUCCUGCUGUCUUCCAAGUGGAUGGGCAUAAAGGCCUACCAGAUGAUUUUGGGAAGCUGGAACCCCGUAGGGGUGGGCCGCUACCUCAACACCUGGCUGGCAGAGACCAAGGACCAUCGACAGCGAUAUCGGUCCCUGUUCCUGGGUGGAUCCAAGCGCUACCCCUCAGACCCGGCCAGGGACCGGCUCAUGCAGGAAAGGAUCACACCUUUCACCAAGGGGAGGUGCCCUCCGAUGGUGGAUUACAACUCAGAUCCUAUUCCUCAAAGCUGCAUAUGAAGGACAGCCUGUGAUGACCAGAGGGCCCAAAGGCCUGAAGACAAGUUUGGGGAUGGGAGGGUCGGAGUGGGGAUCCGGAGCGUGGGGAGGGUCUUAGAGAAAGGACACAUGGGAAUGUCUGGCAGAGGGGAGGCAUACGGUGAGAUCACUUUUGCUGGAGACAUCUUCCUGGAGGUCACGAUGUCUGCCAGGACAGCCGGGGCCAGAGAUCUUUUGAUAUGGAAGAUCAACUAUCUUGAGAAUUCAAAUUGGCUGGUGGCACGAACGUGGGAGCUGAUGGACUAAUGGAACCUCCUCUAUUCUAAAGCCACAUCGCUUGACUCCUUGAUUAUUAAAAUCCAAAAAGAGGCUGAAAAGGGUAGCAUAUGUCAGAAGACAGCUGUAGGCCCCCUUUGGGAACUCUUCAUCUCCAUCCAGGUUGCUUCUGGAAGCCCAGCAGGGCCUAACACUACUAUGAGGAGGCUGCUGGCCCCCAGGCCGCGUGCAGUCACUGGAAACAAUCAGUUUCAUCCUUGGAGUUCGGCCUUGUGGGCACACCAGUCUAGCCCACAGAUGGGUCUGCGGGGUUGGUCACAAGGUCCUGAGCUACUUGCUUCACUGUUUUUUGUUGGUAAGAGAUUGUAUAGGGUGGCAGGAUUGUGUUGUCCCUAGAAAAAAAGGAGGCUGGGACACCACAGCCUCAGCCACAAAACUCCAAUAAUGAUGAGAAAUACUCUUACUCUUCAGAGCGUGAGUGCCUUACGAAAAGCAGUUACUUUCUCACUCGUGUCAAAAUGACUUUUUUAGAAGAAGUAAAACUGUCUUUAUUCACAGACAUGUUCCCUAUGUGAAAAAAAAUCCUGUGAAUCCUCAAAAAAAGCUGAUGAGCCAAAAUGGGUGCAAACUAGAUCUAAUAAAUCAGCUUAGCAAAUUUUCAGGAAGUAAGAUCAAUAUAUCAAAAUCAAGUAUUUCUAUAUAUUAGUGAUAAUAAAAAAUUGAAAAUCUAAAAUGCCACUUACGAUAGCCUCAAAACUAUGAAAUAUUUAGGUAUAAAUUUGACAAAAGAAGUAUAAGAUGUUUACACUGACAACUACAAAAUACUGCUGAGAGAAAUUAAAGAAGACUUAAAUAAAGGAGAGAUAUGCCAUGUUCGGGAUCAAAAGACUCAGUGUUGCUAACAUAUCUGCUCCCCCGCAAAUUGAUCUAUAGACUCAAUGCAAUAUCAAUCAAAAUCCCAGUAAUUGUUUUUAAGUCGACAAACUGAUCCUAAAAACAAGGAAAUAUAAAAGACACAAAAUAGCUAAAACAACUUUGAAAAAGAGGAACAAAGCUGGAGGAAUAGCAUUACCUUAUGCCAUAGCAUGAAACUGGUGUCAAGAUCGACAGAUUAAAGGAACAGAACAGAAAAUGUAGAAACAGACCCGCACCAGUGGACAGCUGAUUUUCAACGAAGAUGAAAAGGCAGUUCAGUGGAAAAAGAGUAAUCCUCUCAACAGAUGGUGCUGGAAUUAUUGAAUAUCAAUAUGCAAAAAAAUGAACUGUGACCAAUGACUCAAGUCAUAUACAAAAAUUAACUCAAAAUGAAUCAUAACCCGAAAUGUAAAACCUAAAUUAAGAAGGCAUAGGAGGAAAACCUUUGGACUGUAGAUCAGGCUGAAAUUUCUUAGAUACAAAUGUAACUAUUUGCUAUUCUAUAGAUCAUACUUCAGUAUGAUAUGAACAAAUCAUUAAAUUCUUAAAUUGAACUUAAUUAAAAUUUAAAAAUUCUGUUUUUUUUCCAAAGACACUAUUAAGAGAAUGGAAAGACAAGCCAUAGGCUGGGAGAAAAUAUUUGCAAAUCAUAGAUCUGGUAAAGGAUUUAUCUCCAGAAUAUAUACAUUAGUCAUUAAGGAAAUGCAGAUUAAAACUACAAUGAGAUACCACUACCCACCUAUUAAAAAAGCUAAAAUUAAAAAGACUGACCAUGCCCAGUGUUGGUGAGGAUGUGGAGAAACUGGAGCUCUCAUACGCUGCUGGUGGAAAAUGUAAAGUGAUUCAUCUACUUUGGAAAACAGUUUGGCAAAAAACUAAUUGCACACCUACCAUCUAAUCCAGUCUUUCCUCUCCUGGGUAUUUACCCAAGAGAAUGAGAGCGUAUGUCCAUCCAAAGACUGUAAUGUUCCCAGCCACUUUAUUUGUGGUGGCUGCAAACUAGAACGAGUCCAAAUGUCCAUCAACAGGUGAAUGAAUAAACAACUGUGGUGUGUCCAUACAAAUAUUGAGCCUGGCCAAAUUGUACAGUUGAACUGUGUGCAGUUUAUUAGAUAUAAAUGAUUACAGUUUGGAAGAAAAUAAUUAACAACUAAGAGCAAUGUAGAAUCCUAGAUGGGAUUCUGGAAAGGAAAGGAACAUUCCUAUAAAAAUCAGUGAGAGAAAAAUAAGGUCUGUGGUUUAGUUAAUAACAGGAUGCUGAUGUUAAUUUCUUGGUUUUGAUAAUUCUACUGUGGUUAUGUGGAAGAUGCUAAUGUUGGAGGGAGCUGGGUGAGGGGGGCAUGGGAACUCUAGUCAU